GAAAAGAUACAUGCUUGAAUGAUUUGGCGAACCCUAAUUUCGGAGGCUACACAGAGCUGAGAGAUAAUGCUCUUGUCGAUAUAUCUGCGGCGAUUAGAUCGACUUCGGACUGUUUUUGCUCCCUCCGUUCGGCUGAUAUCUGGAAAACCCAUUUCCGAUGUUGAUGAUGAGAACCUUCGAUGUCAGAUGGAUCAGUCCAGUUACGACCAGAAAACAGUAUGCGAAGCGCUCACGUGUUACGGCAACGAUUGGCAGAAGGCGUUGGAGUUUUUCAACUGGGUCGACAAGGAAUCCGGAUUCAGCCAUACCACCGAUACAUUCAAUCGGAUGAUCGACAUUCUGGGUAAGUAUUUCGAGUUCCAAACUUGCUGGGUUUUGAUCAAUCGGAUGGCCGAAAACCCGCUUUCGGUCCCGAAUCACGUCACGUUUCGUAUCAUCUUCAAGCGUUAUGCUAUGGCGCAUCUUGUUCAGGAGGCUCUUGAUACUUAUGACAAAUUGGAUGAUUUCAAUUUGAGAGAUGAAACCUCUUUUUAUAACCUCGUCGAUUCGCUCUGCGAGCAUAAACAUGUCGUUGAAGCAGAAGAGCUUUGUUUUGGGAAGAAUGUGAUCGGUAAUGGUUUUAGUGUGAGUAAUACUAAGAUUCAUAAUCUGAUUCUUCGCGGGUGGUCGAAGUUGGGAUGGUGGGGCAAAUGCAAGGAGUAUUGGGAGAAGAUGGAUACCGAAGGUGUUGCAAAGGAUUUGUUUUCGUAUUCUAUUUACAUGGAUAUAAUGUGCAAGAGCGGAAAACCGUGGAAAGCUGUGAAAUUGUACAAGGAAAUGAAGAGUAAAAGAAUGAAACUUGAUGUUGUUGCUUAUAACACUGUCAUUCGCGCCAUUGGAGCUUCGCAAGGUGUUGAGUUUGGCAUGAGGAUGUUUCGGGAGAUGAGGGAAAGAGGUUGUGAACCUAACGUUGCCACGCAUAACACAAUCAUCAAGCUUCUUUGCGAAGACGGGAGGAUGAAGGAUGCGUAUGGGAUGCUUAACGAGAUGCCUAAGAAAGGAUGUCAACCCGAUUCAGUCACUUACAUGUGUCUUUUUGCUCGUCUGGAGAAACCAAGUGAGAUCCUAAGUCUGUUUGGUAAGAUGAUAAGGAGUGGAGUUAGGCCAAGAAUGGAUACUUAUGUGAUGCUUAUCAGGAAGUUUGAGAGAUGGGGAUUUCUUCAGCCGGUUUUACAUGUGUGGAAGACGAUGAAAGAGUCUGGGGAUACUCCUGAUUCAGCUGCUUAUAACGCUGUGAUCGAUGCUUUGGUUCAGAAAGGAAUGCUGGAUAUGGCUAGGGAAUAUGAAGAUGAAAUGGUUGAAAGAGGGCUAUCUCCAAGAAGAAGGCCUGAGCUGGUAGAAACGUCACUAGAAGAGACGCUAGUUUGUAGAUAAUAGAAAAGUUUACAUGGAAGAAACUCUUUGGUUGUCUGUUCAAAACGGACAACAAGUAAGUCAAGCGAAACAAGAAGCUUCAUGUUCUGCCUUUAGUCUUGAUAUCAAGAAGCCUCCUUUGGUUGAAGAAAUCGCCCAAAGAUAUCAUCUUUGAAAUUAAUUUACAUUGGCAUUUUGUUUUCAACGGGAAACUGAGUAAUCACUGAGUUUCAUAGAGAGGAUUGAGGAAUCUUGUUUGCGUUCCUUGAAAAUUGGAACGAGUGAUGGAACAAGUCGGUGAGUGAGUAAACCGUGAGAGCAUGAGGCUUGAACCAUAGAAUUUUUAUAUUGUAGUAACCAUUUCCAAAUGCUUUUAUUGUUUUUUUAAGUUUUGAACUAAAGAAUAAGAUGAUACCAUCUUUUCUUUGUAAGGAUAUGGAAUGAUUCUUGCCUUCGU